CGAAUACCUGCUCUACCCGUCUAACUCUAUGGCUGUACCUCCUGGUUUCGGCGACGGUCUUUAAGCUCUCAUUCGCAAGAGCGCUCAGCGCUCUCGUGCCUGGACGUGGAGAGGGUGUGAAACCACCACCACUGUGCGCUGAGGUCUCCAGCUAGCUCCUCGCUCUUCUAGUUACGGGCUUGCACCUUCAGCAGCCUUCUGCUUGGUGCUGCGCUUUUCUGAGGGGGCAAAGAUGAAGAUUGUGGGUCCGUUUCUUUUCAUCCUUGCUCUCGGAGCUGCUUUGGUGGCAUUCUUCUGGAGAGACACUUUUGAGCCAGAGAGUCUCUCCGGUGCCCGUGUUCUUGUGACCGGUGCCAGCGAUGGGAUCGGGGAGCAGAUGGCUUAUCAUUAUGCACGAUUCGGGGCCGAGCUUGUCCUGACGGCCCGGAGGGAGGCUGUGCUGCAGAAAGUGACGGAGAAAUGUCUGAAGCUGGGUGCCAAGAAAGCCGUUUAUUUCCCCGCAGAUAUGGCUUCCCCCCAGGAGCCUGAAAAACUGGUCCAGUUUGCACUGCAGAGCCUGGGGGGUCUGGAUUAUGUGGUUCUCAACCACAUUGGCUGGUCCCCUUUCGAAAUGUGGGGUGGAGACGUGAACCACACACGCUGGCUGAUGGAGGUGAAUUUCCUUAGUUAUGUGGCCAUUGCCUCAGCAGCUCUCCCUACACUGAUUGAGAGGAAAGGGGCUAUCAUUGUGGUCUCUUCCCUUGCAGGGAGACUAGCGACCCCCUUCACGACCUCUUACUCCGCAACCAAGUUUGCCCUGGAGGGCUUCUUCGGAUCCUUGCGGCAAGAGCUCAACAUGCAGAAGAAAGACGUAAGCGUUACCCUCUGUGUCCUCGGCCUCAUUGACACAGAGUCGGCUUUGACGAAAGUAAGGGGCGUGACGACCAUGACAGCAGCCCCGGCAUCGGAAGCUGCCUUGGCCAUUGUGAAAGGGGGAGCCACCCGGGCCAUGGAGAUCUUCUACCCCUGGAGCACUUGGUGGCUGUGCCAGAUUCGAGACUGGUUUCCAUACCAGAGGGACUGGGUCAUACGCAAGUUUUAUAAUUACACCAGUGCCUGAGUGCAGUAAGACGACGCCAGCCCUCCGGUCCAGCGAAAGAGCCUUGCAAUCGGAGGGCAUCACCAUCUGGAGUUGUUAUUUCAACAGAGCACCUUGUGAGGAUCAGAUUGGGUGUCAGCUCAGCCAGGCAUGCACAGAGUGCAAAUCCCACCCCCCACCCGUAUUUCUCUGGCAACUGCAGUCAGGCCUGCCAAACAGCUGGAGCAGGGAAGAAGAGUUUUUCCAGACAACUUCGCCACCUUUCAUGACAAAUUAAGGUAAAUCUAAUUUGGUAAUGAGAGAGAGAGAGAGAGAGAGAAAGAAGCAUGCUGAGCCUUGGCCUAUAUAUUCAGCGCAAUGAGGCGACUGAAUCCUGGGGUGGUUGUGUGGACAGUCUCCCUCCAGACUCUAGGUGGAGGUUUUGGAUGCUUCCCUGCAUUCAAAGGAAAAACCCCUCCCUGCAAGGAGAAAAUACCACAUUUCCUCAAAUACAAGAUGAUGUAACCUGACCAGUUGAGUUUGGAGAGCAGUGGUCCCUUGAGGCUGUUCCUGCUAUGUUAAUUGAAUUAGAUGAGAUGUCCGCAUACUCACCCCACCCUCCUAUAUCCCGAGAUGAAAGGUCUCUAUUAUUAUUAGUAUUAUUUUAUUUAUUUGAUUUAUAUACCGCCCUUCCAAAAUGGCUCAGGGUGGUUUACAAUUAAAACAAACCACUAAAACAGUAAAGAGCUAAAACAAAUUAAAAAACCAUAUAAUAAUUAACAAUUUAAAAACAUUUUAAAACAACAAUUAAACAAUUACAGUGAUUAAAAUCCCGAAAUCGGGUUUUGAAUUUUAAAAUAAACCAGAUAUUAAAACCCCCAAAUUUAGGAAGGUGAGAAAGCUUGGGUGAAAAGAUGGGUUUUCAGAUGUUUUUUGAAAAUUGCCAGAGAUGGGGAGGAUCGUAUCUCAGCAGGGAGCGCAUUCCACAACCAACAGGGCAGAGUUGGGGGCAACUGGAGACAGACCUCCUCAAGUGACCUCAGCGGCCGGUGGGGCUCAUAACGAAGAAGAUGCUCUCUUAGAUACCCAAGGCCUAAGCCGUUUAGGGCUUUGAAAGUUAUAACUAGCACUUUGUAUUUUCUCCGGAAACCUAUUGGCAGCCAUCACUAAAGGCAUAACAUUGUCUCUCCGAGAUGACCCAGAGACCAACCUGGCUGCCACGUUCUGAACCAACUGAAGUUUCUGGACUAUGUACAAAGGGAGCCCCAUGUAGAGCACAUUACAGAAGUCAAGUCUGGAGGUCACCAACAGAUGUACCAGAUGUCUAUUAUGUAAUUCUGGAGAUGUCAUGUUCUGGAAGAAAGGAUGAUCCCUUUAAAAAUACUAGCCAGGAAUGAGUUUUUCAGGCCGGGACGGUUUCUGGUUUGGGGUGGUGGUUCUGAGCCUGGGUCCUGGCCCAACACUGACAGUGUGACCCAAAUUUCACCGCCCACUUCACCUCCUACACUCCCCGCCUGAGCCGCAAGUCUUGGGGACUCGGGGAUGUGCCGGCAGCUGCAAGGUUGGGCCCUCUAACUUUAACACGAGCUCCUUAGAAGUGAGGUUAAGUACAGGUUAUACCCUCACUUAUGUGAAAGGAAGAGGGCUCUGGAUUUAAGAUGAACCCCCCCCCCCGAUUUCUAACAUGAAAGAACUUGGAAAACACAUGUCUUGGAUUUGGAUAAAUAUGCUGAGCGCUACAACAGUGCUCUUCAGUGUAAGGCCCGGGGACCAGGGGUAGCCCCCCCCCCACAUCAACCCCCUGAUUAACGGUUUGUUGGAGCUGUGUGAAGCUUGGGCCAAAGCAGAGUUCUCUGCACACUGUAGCCCUUCCCAGCACUUUCCUGGAAGAGCUCUUAAGAGACCCCGUCCCCACGCCCAUCUCUCUUAAAGGGCCAUCCCGUGCAGUACUGUGUGGAGGUCAGCACAGUGGGAAACGGCUCUCGCAUUCUUUUCCCCUCUCCCCCCCCCCGGAAAAAUAAUGACGAUUACUUGCACUACAGGGACCAGACCAGGCUGGAAACUUUCUUUCUGGGUGCUAGUUCGCUUGCUCCUGUGCUUUUGCUUUCAGGGAGUUUCUCACAUGGGGUUGCAUAGGCAGGUGCUUUCGAUUGAGUCAGGCCCUUGGUCCAUCUCGCUUGGUAUUGUCUGCACGGACUUGCAGCAGCUUCCCACGGUUUCCACUUUGGGGACUUCCCCGGUCGUAGUUGGAGAUGCUGCCAGGGAUUGAACCUGGGACCUCCUGCAGGUAAAGGAGGUGCUCUGCCACGGAGCUAUGGAUGCUCCUGAUGACCCUCGGAAGCUGCCUUCCACGGAGCCAGACGAUCAGUAUAUCCAGCUCUGUAUUGUCUACUCUGAUGGGUAAUGGAGCUGUGGUCCCUCCCCAAGCAUGGCACCCCUCUGCUUGCCACCUGCAAUGGUCCAGGCCACACAGCCAUUUGUGAAUCCCCCUUCCUCUCUCUGCUGCGGGGUGAGACCAUGCCUUGGUGGGGUCCGGUGGCGUCUUUUGGAGCUGUAAAGCAAACAGGCUACCACCGAAACCCAGAGACCAUUACAGGCUUCCCUAUGUAAUGUCUAGUUAAACCUGUCCUUGUCUUCCGGGGUCCCCUGCCCCAUGGCCUUGCCCCUUUGCCUGACCCAUUUGCUAUUGUAUCCUUCCUUUUGGCCUUGACUCCUCCAGCUCCACCGCCUGCAGCCAUCUGAAGGUGUACUGAUCCCACAAGCAAAUGAACCUCACAGAUCACAGAGCCUCACUGCCCUUUUCUCCCUUGCUUCCCCUUAUGACCGGAGCCCCAUCCACAGCGCCAUAGAUCUUGUUCUCCCUUCAGUGACUUUGCCCAUUCUCCCUUGUUGCUCCCUGUGCCUGCAACAGAGCUUCAUGGAUCUGCUCCAUUAUAUGCCCCUGCUGCCCCUUAUUUCCGGAGCCCCCCCCUCCCCCGAGCCUCAUAGAUCUUGUGCUCCCUUCAGUGACUCUGCCCUUUCUUCAGGAGUGCGGGUCUUGUAGCGAGCAUGAAUUGCUCCCUUUGUUAAGCAAGGUCCAUCCCGGUUUGUAUUUGAAUGGGAGACUACUUGUGUGUGAGUACUGGAAGAUAUUCCCUUUAGGGCAGGGAUUCUCAACGUUGGGUCCUUAGAUGUUAUUGGGCUUCAACACCCAUAAUCCCCAGCCCCAGUGGCCUUUGGUUGGGGAUUAUGGGAGUUGAAGUCCAAUAACUUCUGGAGACCCAAUGUUAAGAAUCCCUGCUUUAGGGGAUGGGGCUGCUCUGGGAAGAGUACCUGCUUGCUUGCAUGCAGAAGGUCCCAAGUUCCUUCCCUGGCAGCAUCUCCAAGAUAGGGCUGAGAGAAAGUCCUGCCUGCAACCUUGGAGAAGCCGCUGCCAGUCUGUGUAGACGAGGGAAUCUCAACAUUGGGUCCCCAGAUGUUAUUGGACUUCAGUUCCCAUAAUCUCCAGCCCCAGUGGCCUUCAGUUGGGGAUUAUGGGAGUUGAAGUCCAAUAAUAUAUGGGGACCCAACGUUGAGAAUCCCUGGUGUAGACAAUACUGAGCUCGAUUGAUCAAUAAGGCAGCUUCCUAUGUUCCCUUGCUGCUUCCUAUGCCUGGAACAUGUUCUCAGAGCUUCGUAGAUCAGCUACCUUAAAUGACUCUGUCCCCUGCUGCCCCUUGUGUCUGGAGUCCCCACCAGAGCCUCACAGAUCCUGCACCCUUAGAUGAAUCUGCCCUUUGUCGCUUUCUGCCUCUUAUGCCUGGAGCGCUUUCCUAGAAUAAUUCCACUUUGUCUCCUUCCUUCAAAUGUCCUCUCUUCCGUGAAGCACAAUUCCCUCACCCCCAUCUCCUCACCAUAAAGAAGGCAAGUUAUGUGCAACAAAAAUAGAUGUAUGUUUGUCCGAUGUUUACCCCUUUCCCUGCAGUCUCCCUUAUUUUGAUAUCUAGCCUGUAAGCCCCUUGGGGCAGGGAACUGUCAUCUUGUUCCCUGGAUCACACAUGUAGCUGGUGUUGUAUAAAUAACAAAUAAAUCUCCUGAUGUUUU